AUGUCGAAAUCGCAAAGAGGUCUCUCUUAUGUGUUAGGUGAUUCUUACAACAACGAAAACCAUAUCUUGCCCAUAAACUCUAUCCAGCAUUGCGGACAAUCCCGAAAACUAUACACUGCUGGAAGGGAUGGUACAAUAAAGGUCUGGUCGUCGGCGGCGGAUACUGUGAGCAAUUUAGAAAGACCCAGCGCAACUCAAUUAUACCUGGGAGAUUCCACUGGCCUGUUCAAAUUCCAAAACGUAGACCUCGAUGAACAAUUGCUCAAACUAGAAACUUCUAUAUGUUCCUCGACCUUGUCACCAUAUAAUAGAAGUAAAGCUGACACCGGCUACUCGGUUACGAAUUCGUAUAAUGUACACUUCGACUGGAUAAACGACCUUCAGCUAGUCAAUGAUAAUACAGGAUUGGUAUCCUGUUCAUCGGACUUGUCGAUCAAAUAUAUAUCAUUGGAUUCGGAUGAUGGCGUUGAUAAUGUUCACAAGUUUCAAAACCACCACAUAGACUAUAUCAAGAAGCUCUCUUAUAUCCCAUACGAGAAGAAAUUGGUCAGUGGUGGUCUAGAUGGGAAGAUUGUGGUGUGGGAUUUGAAUACACUUAGCGGCAUUCAACAACUUGAAAAUACCUCGUCAUCCUCAAAUUCAAACCAGACGACAAACUCCAUAUAUUCGUUGGCUACUGGUAGCAGCGGGCUGUUGGUAGGUUGCGGGGGUCCCAACAAUACAGUAAAUCUCUUUGAUUUAAGACAAUCCACCACAAAUAACCCAUUCAUCAAAAAGCUUAUUGGCCAUCAAGACAACAUCAGGUGUUUGUUAAUGAAUGACAACUUCAUACUAAGUGGCUCAUCAGACACAACGAUCAAGUUGUGGGAUAUUAGAAACUUUAAAGUUUUGCAAACAUUUGAAAUUCAUGAUGACCCUGUUUGGUCAUUGACAUCUUCUAACUCAUUGAAAACCUUCUAUUCUGGGGACAAGUCGGGAUUGAUCAUCAAGACUGACCUUUCACAUUUGUCUGCAAACAGACAGCCACUGCAGUUGAAUGGUACUGACUACUAUCCCCCAUGUGCUGAUGAAAAGUUGGGUUUGCUGACAAUAAUAUCGAAACCCACCAACGACGCCUCCCCAAUAUUGUCCCUUUGCGUAGAAACACUUGACGAUGAAGAAUACACGCUUUUGGCGUCUACAAAUAUGGCAUUGGAUAGAUAUCAUAUUCCAGAUACAUCUGACUUGGCCAAAUAUCAAUACUUGAGGACGUGUGCUGAAAAUGAUCUAAAUAUCAUCGGUAUCGGAGGAGAUCUUGAUUUACCAUUAGAAGACGGAGCAUCCGCAGUAGCUGAUGUUAAUGAUUUGAAUUCAGGAUUUUAUGAUCUUGUUAGUCAUUUGUCAAUGGAAACUAACAACUAUGACUUGCAAAGUUCAGUUUCAGGUGUCAAUUAUCCAUUAUCUAUACACAACAAUGAGGAGACAGUGGACACAAAUGAUUACAAUUCGCUCUUCUUGAGCAUACAUGGCGGGCCAUCUCACGAAUUCGUGAAUUACAUUAAUAAGGAAAAUGAUGACGGUAUUGUCGAUAAUGUCAACAUCGACAAAUUUAUAGAUAAAUCGCCUAUUGAGAUCCUUUUAAAUCCAUUACCAGAAGAGCAAAUCACUCUUAUACCAUUUAACAAAGUGCCAUUUAAUCAAGUUCCAAUCACUCCUAAGAGUAUUAUUGCUAAAAGAUUAUUCAACAAUAAGAGACAUAUGAUCGUUCUUUACUUGAAUGGAGAUAUCAAGAUCUGGGACAUAUUUAUCUGCAGAGAGAUAAAGAGCUUUCCAGCUCCUACUGAUAUUAGUUUAGAUAGCAGUUCAUCAUCGAUUCAAACGAAUGGAAAAGAGAAGGACAGAUUUAUACAGAAAAGAGUAAGGGAUAUGGAUGAGAUUUUCAAUAAGCUUCAGACAAUGGAUACCCUAAAUAACUGGUGUGAAAUAGAAAUCAAAGCUGGAAAGUUACUCGUUAUGAUCAAAGAAUCAAUUUUUGAUAACACUAAAAUAUAUUACGAUGACUUAGUUAAAAAUUAUCCUUUCUUAGCCUUUGAGCAUUCCGAUAAUGUUGAAGGUAAGAAGAACACAAAAGUUCGGGUUGAAAGCGAUGAAAGGUUCUUUUUGUCAAGGAUUCUUUUAAAUUCUAUUUUUCAUCGGUAUGUUCUUUAUGAAUGGGAAUUUGAUCACUACUUGAGAGCAGAAUUAAAGGUCUUGAAGAAAAGCUCAAAGUCAAAGAAAUCCAUUACGAAUGGAGGUGGAGACGAUUCAAGUAUAUCAACUGGGACUAACACAGUGGGAACUACAGAUGAAGCUAAUACCAGCCCGUUGAAAAGAAUAAAAAUGUUCAGUAGAAAAAAUUCUAAGAACAACAUUCCUCAACUGCAACAACUGUCCUUACCGGCUAGUCCCCAAAUAUCGAUAUCAGAAUCAACGUUCUCGGCUUCGGAAGUGGGCACCACUGACGUUUCAGAAUUCAUUUCUUUCAACCAUGAGACUAUUUCAGAUUUGGAGAAAAACCCUUCUUUCAAGUAUGACGAUUCAAUCAUGAAGUUAAUUCAAAUCAACAAGGAAAGAUAUAGAGAGAAAUAUCAAAAUUUAAGCAAAAGCAGUACCAAAUUAGUCGACUCUCUCUUGUCUAUUUAUUCAAACGAUCCCAAAUACGAAUCUAAAAACAGACCCCCAACUGCAAUUGAUGAAUCCAAGUUGAUUUAUCAAAUAUAUAGGCCUUUGAUUAACCCACAAAGGUUACCAUCGAAUCUUUUGAUAAUUAUUCUGGAACAUAGUCCAGAAUUAGGUAACCUUCGUGACUUGUGCAGUUUCCACUUGGAUGAGAUCCAGAAACUAUCCUUCAAUGAUACAUCAAGCGGCAGUAAGGAAUUAAUUAACAAUUUAAGACUUUAUUUACCGAAGUGGAUAGGUCAGCCAAUUUUAUACGACUUCUUUCCUAACAAAGAGGGCCCAAAGAUUGCAUUCCAGCUUGUAGAGAUGGACUACACUAAGGUCCCAGCUAACAAAAAGAUUGGAGGAAAGACUGGUAAGAAGAUUAAGAAGCUCCCAAUUGGAGAGAGCAGUAUUAAACUUUCAUCACAUAAUAUGCUCAGAGUCAGUAAGAUACUAUGGUAUUUGACAGACAAGUUUGAAUCCAGAACAGCCGAGAUGAAAGAUCACAAGCUGCCUCACGAAUGGCUAGUUUUGGAGUGUAAAGAUGAAGUUUUACCCAACUCCAUGACUUUGCAAACCAUAAAGACUAAAAUAUGGAAGAGCAGUGCAGAUGUCGUGCUUACAUUUAGAAGGAAAUACGAUGACUAA